AUGUAUACCUGCACCAAAUUUGUCUCCGCCUUUCCUCUGGUCAGGAGUGCCUCUCAGCUGCUGACCCAUCCAUUGUCUGCAGUGGUCCUGAAACAACCAGGAACACUGACAGAUGAUAACUUCAGCUGCUUGACAGCCCCACAUUCCUUGAUUUCAUUCAUCCCUAGUUGCAGCUUCCAAAUCAGAACUAUCUCAACGGAUAUUGACACAGCAGCUAAGUUCAUUGGGACUGGGGCUGCCACGGUUGGAGUGGCUGGCUCCGGAGCUAAGAUUGGGACUGUGUUUGGGAGCUUCAUCAUUGGUUAUGACAGGAAUACUUCUAUGAAGCAGCAACUCUUCUCCUACGCCAUUCUGGGCUUUGCCCUCUCAGAGACCAUGGGGCUCUUUUGCCAGAUGGUGGUCUUUCUGAUCCUCCUCACCAUGUGA